UACAUAAUGACAUUUUCUGUUGUGUUAAUAACAAAUUUGAUUGUAGGAAGAUACCAUCAUGCAGAAGGAGCUCUAGCCAGCAGAGUUGUAAAGAAAUGCUUACAAGGGGCUGGUAUUCAGGGUCAAGGCUACCAUGUAUACAUGGAUAACUUUUAUACAUCCCCUGACUUGCUCUCAUCUCUUUUCAAUGAGAAAACCUAUGCCUGUGGUACGGUAAGGUCCAACCGCCGUGGUUUACCAAGGGAUAUCAUGCAGAAAAUGCCAGAUGGUAUUGUACAAAGGGGUGAUAUGGCCUUCAGGCAAAACGACCCACUUGUAGCUGUUGUGUGGAAAGACAAAAAAUGUGUCACUGCACUCUCCACCAUUCAUGACGAAACUGCCACAGAGGUGCAACGGAUUAUCAAGCAAGAAGAUGGUACCUUUGCCAGGGAAAAUGUACCUUGCCCAAAACUGAUUGCAGACUACACUUCUCAUAUGGGUGGUGUAGACAAGGCGGAUCAAUACCUUCAGUAUUAUUCAUUUAACCACAAAACAAGGAAAUGGACAGUGAAGGUGUUCUUUCGUCUGCUGGAGAUAAUGAAGCUGAAUGCUUAUCAGCUGUUUCUUCAAAGUCCUCACCACCUUCCCGGACAAGGAAAGCAGCAGCUCUCAUUCCUGCAGUUCACCCAAAGCAUCAUAAAGGGACUGGUGGGUGGAUUCACCUCUGGUGCCAGGAAAGGAAGACCAUCUCUGCUGCUCUUGGCUGAUCGCCUUACACAGCGCCAUCUACCUGGGACACUACCAUCUCGGUCAUGGUGUCAUGUUUGUUAUAUGCGUUGCAAGAGUUGACAGCAGGAUAAGGCUAGUCAAACAAAAUUUGGUUGCACAGACUGCAGAAAACAUCUUUGCCUCCCCACAUGCUUCUCUGUGUACCAUUCACAAGCGAAAUAUUUUUAGGAAUGAUAGCCCUGAAAACUGUCUUGUGGAACAUUUGA